CCUCCUGCUCUGAUUCUUGUCUCACCAGAAUCGAGACAAACACUUGACAGCACCUCACACCUACGGAGGCGUGGAGCACAAAGACUGCAGCACUGAAAACACAGCUCUCCUGACUGGGAAACAUGGGCACCAUGGUAGAGCGGCUGUCCUUCACUAAGGAGAACCAGGAGCGGAUCCAAGCUGUAGAGAGCUCAUUUGGGCCGCUGGGGAGACCUCUGUCCCAGCCAGGGCGGGUUCUGAUCGGGGAGGGUCGGCUGAUGAAGCAGAGCCGCAAGGGUCCUCAGCCUAAAGCCUUCUUCCUCUUCAAUGAUGUGCUGGUGUACGGCAGCAUCAUCGUGAACGGACGCUGGCACAAGAAACAGCAGAUCAUGCCUCUGGAGGACAUCCAGCUGGAGGACCUGGAGGACAGUCCCAGUAUGAGGAACCAAUGGUUAAUCCGCACACCACGCAAGUCCUUCUACGUGUCCGCCUCAUCACAGGAGGAGAAACGAGCCUGGAUCGACCACAUGGAGGAAUGCAGGUCCAGACUGCUGCAGAGCAGCGGCCGAACACCCGGGUCAGCCUUUGCUGUGACCUGGAUUCCCGACCAGGCCUCUGCCAUCUGCAUGCGCUGCUCGCACAAGUUCUCCCUAACCCAUCGCCGCCACCACUGCAGGAGAUGUGGCUUUGUGGUCUGUGGCGCAUGCUCCAGGAAGCGGGCUGUGAUCCAACACAUUCACCCCACCAAGUGCCUGAGGGUCUGCACCAUGUGUCACUCUAAUCUUCUGAGGCCUGAGGAAGAGAAUCAAGACGUGUGUCGCUUGAGGGGAGACAGCACGGGGAAGACGGAAUCAGACGAAGAUGAGGUGGAUGGGUCCAGUGAGGAAGAGGAGGCAGAGGAGCAGUCAGAUGACCAUGAUCCCAGCAAGUGGAUGGACUCCCAGAUGGACUCCUGGUCCCCCUAUAUUUACCUCAAACCAGAGCAUGCCCGGCCCUACUCAUGCAACAAUUAAUCAUGUGUGUAUAAUCAGACAUGCAGAGGUUAAACAACAUAUGAGCUAAGCGUGUUCCUAAAAGACCAAAACAGCAGGUGUGAAAGGGUGACUGGAGUUACAGCACCAGGACUGGGGCAGGGAAGGGCUGGAGCUCACCUCUGCCUCUCUUCCUGCAUUCACACCUGAGCACACCUGAGAGCAGCUGAGGCCGCCCUUUGUCUCUCCAUGUGGGAGGCUCCAUGUUGUUUGAAAAACAUGUUUGAUAACACGAUUUUAAUGUUGUUGUUUUUGUUUCACAAAAUAUGUCUUUAAAUUAUAGUGUUAAAUUAAAAACAGCUUAAAUAAUAUUUAUGUCAGGUUUUGGUGUUUAAACAUAUUUUGUUCAACUUUAGUUUUUGGUCUGUUUGACUAUUCUUUUUAAGGUUGUGUGUACUUUGAAAUGUAAAUGAUGUGUAAAUGAUGUGUAAAUAUGAACUGUAAAAAGUCUUCAUCUGUAAAUUAAUGUUUAGUUUGUUUAAGUUAGUACAGACACCACCAGAGGAGCCGGACUAAUGUUAGUUGAUUCUGCUGUAAUUGUCAGAAUGGCCCUUUAGUUUUACAUUUUCUGCUGGUCUUGUUGCUGUGUUGGGAGAGGUUGUCUGAGUGCAGGCAUUUUUUAUUACUACUUUGAGCCAUCUAUAUAUUAUAUUUGCUGUGAGAAAAUUCAAGUUAUGAUCCUGAUAGGACCUCAUUCAUUUGUAGAGGUGGCCUGUUUUUAAUCUGCCUGUACAUAUUUCUCUUCUCUGACCUCUCAGUGCAGACUGGCUCCGUUUUGAAUGUUUGACAAUUUGCUUCAUGAUUUAACCCAUGUACUAUUUACAUAAACUUCUGUUUGAAAACCACUAUUUCACUA